AUGGGUGCAGGCCAGUCCAAGGAGGCCGCUGCGGAGGCUGUUGACCACGAGAAGCAGGAGAUUGCAAAAGGCAUGUCCAAGUUGGAGGUGUCGGAGAGGAUGCAGGAAGGCCUGGAGUCGGGCUAUGUUUAUGUUGAUGAGGAACCCCCGGCCUACUCCUCGUCGGGAAGGGAGAUCGAUUUGUCCAUAUCAGAGACGAGGCGUUGGAAGAAGGAAUUGCUGGCAGAUCCCAAGAACCGCCUCGCCUUAUAUGCUCUGUCCGCCAACUCCCCCACCACCAUCAUAGCCAAUCACGCAGCAAAAGUUGCAGAUGCUCAGGUCUUCAACGUCAAGAUCCCGCUCGAGGGCUCGCCGAUCACCAACCAGUACUCUUCGGGCCGCUGCUGGCUGUUCGCGUCGACCAACGUGUUCCGCGUGGCUCUGAUGAAGCUGUACAAUCUGAAGAGCUUCGAGUUGAGUCAAACAUAUCUAUUCUUUUGGGAUAAGAUUGAAAAAGCCAAUUGGUUCCUGGAGCAUGUCAUUGACACGGCCGCUGAGCCGCUGGAUGGUAGGUUGGUGCAGAGCCUAAUGUCAAGUCCCGUGUCGGAUGGCGGCCAGUGGGAUAUGGUCACGAAUUUGGUUGGGAAGUAUGGCUUGGUUCCCAAAGAGUUGUGCCCUGAUUCCUAUAAUGCGAAAAACAGCUCCUUCCUGGGCAAGCUCGUCACCACAAAGCUGCGUGAGGAUGCGCUUGUCCUGCGUAAAAUGGCAACGAGCGAGGAUCCUUCUACCAGGGCGUCCAUCGGCGACGCGAAGAAAAAGUUUCUACAAGAAAUCCAUUCAAUUCUGACCAUUUUACUUGGACCGGCACCGUACCCUCAACAGAGAUUUCACUGGGUGUAUUACGAUACGAAUGGCAAAUUUCACAAACUAUCCACGACGCCCUUGGACUUUGCAUCGAGUCUUUCAAGUAGUGAAGGGCUUAGGGCAUGUGAGGGGACGGAUGUGAAUGAGCUUUUUAGCUUGGUCAAUGAUCCAAGGAACCCCUACAAACGGUUAUUGACUGUGGAUCGGCUGGGUAAUGUUGUCGGUGGCCGACCGGUAACUUAUGUCAAUGUUAAUAUGGAGACAAUGAAAGCUGCCGCGAUCGCCAUGCUCAAAGCGGGCAUCCCUGUCUUCUUCGGCAGCGACGUGGGGAAAUACUCCAGCUCCUCAUCAGGAAUCAUGGAUACUGCCUUGUAUGAUUACUCUCUGGGCUUCAACGUCAAUCUAGGCAUGAGCAAGGCCGAGAGAUUGCAAACGGGCGAGUCAUCCAUGACGCAUGCCAUGGUUCUGACGGCCGUGCACAUUGGGGACGACGGCAAGCCCGUGCGCUGGCGUGUGGAGAACUCAUGGGGCGAUGACAAGGGCGACAAGGGCUGGUUCGUUAUGACGGAUAAAUGGAUGGAUGAGUUUGUGUAUCAGGUUGUUGUUGACCUGCAGUUUGUGAGCCGGGAGGUGAGGGAUGUGUUGAAGCAGACGCCGAUAAAGCUGCCGCUAUGGGACCCGAUGGGGGCCCUGGCUUGA